AUGGACAACUCACCGACCUCGCUAUUUGACUCUUACGAGCAGGACUACAAGCAGCUUAUUGACGCACUACGCCCCAAGCUCGAAGGUGAUGACAAGGCUGAAAGUGCAGAGCAGCGUAAGACUACACUACGGAGAGCGGAAAUGGAGCUAGACGAAGCCGAUGAAAUGGUGUCCCAAAUGGACAUUGAAAUACAAGGAAUCCCCCAGUCCAUACGAGCCCAGUACCAAACCCGCAUGCGGGAUGCCAAAGCAGAGCUUUCACGGUACAAGAAGCUCCUCAAGGACCUCAACUCCCAACUCGCUCGCACCACCCUCCUCUCACGUUCCUCCGGGUUCACCUCGUCAGAUGAGCCAUACGGCGUCAGCGACCGUACACGACUGUUAGCUGGUACAGCGAUCCUUGAUGACGGAACGAAGCGACUGCAAGAUUCUCACCGGGUCGCGUUGGAAACGGAAGAGCAAGGUGCCGAUAUUCUGAUGAAUCUACGCACGCAGAGGGAGCAGAUUGAGAAUUCACGGAAUGUCCUUCAACGAGCUGAUAGCUCUAUUGACCGCGCUUCUAAGACCCUUAAGAGCAUGAUAAGAAGGAUGUAUCAACAGCGUGUUGUAACUGGUGCUAUAAUCGCUGUCCUCAUACUUCUCAUUGUUAUCAUUAUCUGGGAGAAACUUAAUUGAUUGUUUUGGAUGCUAUAUACCGUUCGUGCAUCAGAUAUACGUACCCGC